UUACAUGGGUCUCUUCGGCGGAAAUGCCUCGCGAGUUACGAUAUCUGCCCUAUCAGCGGGUGGAGGGUCUGUGAUGCUGCAGGAUAUUAUAUAUGGUUGCACUCUGGGGACUGCUCUUUCCGUCAAUUUGAUAUCAGCGUCUCCUUACUGCCAAUGCAAUAUGGCUAUAAAGACUGAGUCCCUUCCCUGUUGUGCUAUACUUUUGCGACAGCCGCUAGCUGCCGGCCAAUGUUUGCAUAUGGCACUAGUCCGCAGACUAUAUUCCAAUGUCUGAUCUCUCAAGACACCAAAACUCUCUAAUAGGCCUCUUACUUGGUCUCUGGUUCUGGAACAUACGGUACCUGGGGGUCCUGCCUACGGGAGACGGCGUUUUCAUCCAAGAAACAGCGUGUGAAGCCUUACUCAAACGGAAAGUAAAUAGUCUUGACCAUCUCCCC